AUGGCAGGUUCCGGCAACUCUCCUGCUCCUGAAUCAUCAGUCGUGAAUGAGAAGAAGGCAUCAGAAGAUGGUUCUCCUCCUCCUCCUCCUUCGCCACCACCGGCGACGUCACCGGCUUCUCAACCGCCAACCUCUACUCCGAAAUCCCCGCCUCCAUCUCCACCUUCUCCCUCACCUCCUAAAUCUUCGCCGCCUCCGGAUGAGUCCCCCACUCCUCCUCCCAAAGAGUCACCAUCACCACCACCGCCUUCUUCCCCUCCACCUUCUUCUCCUCCGCCUUCAUCUCCUCCACCGUCAUCUCCCCCACCGUCACCGUCAUCUCCGCCUAAAUCCAAUACCAAAGCACCUCCACCUCCACCGUCACCGUCACCCCCAAAAGCUUCAUCACCGGGACCACCAUCAGAUUCGUCCCCUCCCAAGGACAACUCUCCACCGUCAUCAGACGGCGAAAACAAUAAUGCUCAACCUCCUCCGCCGUCCGAUCAAGGCGAUCAGGGCACUCCUAAAACCCCUGUUUCGCCUCCUCCACCUGGCACCCCUGCCGUCCCGGCGCAGCCAACUCUGAACCCGCCAACUCCCGCCGUCCCCGCCGCUCCGAAGCAACCUGCUCCUAAGACUCCACUACCUCCCACACCUCCACCUCCAAAGCAACCAGCUGCUGCCAACAAAACCGCAGAUGACUCAAGUAACAACUCGAGUCACACCGGUACCGUGGUAGGCUUGACUGUAGCCGGAGUUUUCCUGUUCGCAUUGGUCGCCGUCGUUUUCCUUUUUGUCAGGAGGAGGAAGAAGAAAACGCAACCCUAUCCCCCGAAUUACAUGGCAGCACCUCCCGGAGCUGCUCUAACACCAGAGGGAUAUUAUCAAGGUCCGAAUUCCGGUCAGGCUGAAAGCUACUAUUCCAAUGGACCAUAUGCGCAGUCGACGCAGACAUACGGGGCGGAGGGUCAGAGAGAAAGGAACGGCGGUGGAUCAGACUCGGAUCUCAAUAUUGGUGGCCAUAAGGCACAUUUCACCUACGAGGAGCUGAUGGAGAUUACUAACGGAUUUUCCCGCCAAAAUGUGCUUGGCGAGGGCGGUUUUGGGUGUGUCUACAAGGGCUGGAUGCAGGAUGGGAAAGUGGUGGCGGUCAAGCAGCUUAAGGCCGGUAGCGGGCAGGGAGAGAGGGAAUUCAGGGCUGAGGUCGAUAUUAUCAGUCGCGUGCACCAUCGGCAUUUGGUGUCUUUGGUUGGAUAUUGCAUCUCUGAGCAGGAGAGAUUGCUUAUCUAUGAAUAUGUUCCGAAUCAAACUCUUGAGCACCAUUUGCAUGGUGCUGGAAUGCCGGUGUUGGAUUGGACUAAGAGACUCAAGAUUGCUUUAGGGUCUGCAAAGGGUUUGGCAUAUUUACAUGAAGACUGCCAUCCAAAAAUUAUUCACCGAGAUAUUAAAUCCGCGAACAUUCUCUUGGAUGAUUCCUUUGAAGCACAGGUUGCAGACUUUGGACUUGCCAAACUGACAGAUGAUAUGAAUACUCAUGUAUCCACCCGAGUCAUGGGAACAUUUGGGUACAUGGCUCCUGAGUAUGCAUCAAGUGGGAAGUUGACAGAUAGAUCAGAUGUAUUCUCAUUUGGGGUUGUGCUUCUAGAGCUUGUAACCGGGCGCAAACCUGUUGACGCAACUCGACCUUUGGGGGAUGAGAGUUUGGUAGAAUGGGCUCGUCCACUCCUUAUUAAGGCACUUGAAUCAGGUGACUUGAGCGAACUAGUAGAUCCUCGGCUUGAGAAGCAUUAUGUGGAGGGACAAAUGCUAAGAAUGGUUGAGGCAGCAGCUGCAUGCGUGCGUCAUUCUGCUACAAAACGACCACGGAUGGCACAGGUCUGUAGAGCAUUGGACUGUGAAGGUGAUGAUCUCUCGAAUGGGGUGAAAUUCGGGCAGAGUACCGCUUAUGACUCUGGCCAGUAUAAUGAAGACAUUAUGAGAUUCAGGAGGAUGGCAUUGGGCAGUGGCAGCUCAGAGUUUGAAGUGUCUAGUGCAGAAUUUGCUGCUGGUUCCACAGAACUAUCAGGACCUAAAAAUUCAUGGACUACGACUCGCCCAGAUAUGUCAAGCGAUGAAUCAGAAACUCGAGCCUUUAACAACAAGGGUAGUGCCAGCAGGAACCAACGCACCACCAGUGUCCGGCGGUACUAAUUUCUAAAGAAUGAAUACUUAGUUCUGACCUAACCACAC